CGGCUUCCGGCGGCGUGACCUGACCGCAGGAGGCCAAUGGAGUGCGGGAGCUGAAAGGGUCUUCGCUGGCGGCCGGUAACUGGCGGCGGUUGGGAACGGCCGAAUGUGGCUCUUCUGGUGUUUCAGCUUGGGGAGAGAGGGGUGGCCUUCCUCUUGCAGUUGAGGCCGGCGCCGAGCUGGACUUCAGCCGGAUCUCGUGGCGGAGCCCAUCUUGCUCCCUCUCCCAGGCUUUUACCCGCUCCCUAGGAUUCCCGGGCCCCGUAGGUGGGAGUUGGGAGACGUGAGUUCUCUUUCAUUCUGCGCCUCUCAUUGGCUCUCUGAACUUGUGCGGAACGCGUCCUUUAGCUGACCUCAGCUGCAUUUUUUAGAAGAUGGAGAUUGUAUUCACAGUGACUGUCAGCUUUUUAACGGCGGGAACUGACGUAGUGUUAAACACUGUCGUGUAUCGCUGGCACAGCACAAGGACAUUAUAGGUAUUCUGUACUCACUUAAGUUAUUUUGAGUCACAGACCUUUUGAAAAUCUCGUGUAAGCUAUGGCCCCUCCACCUCUCUAAUACUUCCCCCGGCCCCCACCCCAAGCACACACAAAAGCUUAUGCAUAGGAAAUUUGUUUUACUAUUUCGGAUUACUUCCAAGAUCUCUCUCCUGAUGCCCAUCUAUGGAUCCCAGAGCCUGGGCCUCACUGUGUCACCCAGGCUGGAGUGCAGUCCUCCCACCUCAGCCUCCCAAGUAGCUGGACUCCAGGCGCCCACCACCACGCCCAGCUAUUUUUUGUGUUUUUGGUAGAGAUGAGAUUUUGCCAUCUUACGCAGAUUGGUCUCGAACUCUUGGCCUCAAGCAAUCUACUCACCUCAGCUCCCCAAAGUGCUGGGAUUACAGGCAUGAGCCAGUGUGCCCAGCCCAGUUAAUCAUUUUUAAAUGCAUGAAAUGCUAUUUCACAGGAGGGAAGAAGAUAGAUAGCCUAUUACCUGCACUCUGUGUCCAUGUUUAUUCAACCCUUUUUACUUUGGUGACUAUUUAUCAGGACAGUACUGCUUUUAAAGAGACAGUGUUAGGGAUCUUGGAAGCACAGCCAACAUGUGUGACAUUGAAGAAGCCACUAACCAACUCCUAGAUGUGAACCUUCAUGAGAACCAGAAGUCUGUACAAGUGACAGAAAGUGACCUCGGAAGUGAAUCUGAGCUUCUAGUCACUAUUGGAGCCACUGUACCUACUGGCUUUGAGCAAACAGCUGCAGAUGAAGUCAGAGAGAAACUUGGGUCAUCAUGCAAAAUCAGCAGAGACCGUGGCAAGAUAUAUUUUGUCAUUUCAGUGGAAAGUCUGGCACAGGUUCAUUGUCUGAGAUCAGUUGAUAACUUAUUUGUGGUGGUUCAGGAGUUUCAAGAUUACCAGUUCAAACAAACAAAGGAAGAAGUUCUAAAGGAUUUUGAAGACUUGGCUGGAAAACUCCCAUGGUCAAACCCCUUAAAAGUGUGGAAAAUUAAUGCCAGUUUUAAAAAGAAAAAAGCAAAGCGCAAAAAGAUAAAUCAGAAUUCAAGUAAAGAGAAGAUUAAUAAUGGACAAGAAGUCAAAAUCGAUCAGAGAAAUGUUAAAAAAGAGUUCACUAGCCAUGCUUUAGAUUCUCAUAUCUUAAAUUAUUAUGAAAAUCCAGCCAUCAAAGAGGACGUAUCAACAUUAAUAGGUGAUGAUUUGGCAUCUUGCAAAGAUGAGACUGAUGACAGCUCAAAAGAAGAAACUGAGCCUCAAGUGCUGAAGUUUAGAGUCACAUGCAACAGGGCAGGAGAGAAACAUUGCUUUACCUCAAAUGAGGCUGCAAGAGAUUUUGGGGGUGCUGUUCAAGAUUAUUUUAAGUGGAAGGCCGACAUGACCAACUUUGAUGUGGAGGUUCUUUUGAACAUCCAUGAUAAUGAAGUCAUUGUGGGCAUUGCAUUGACUGAAGAGAGUCUCCACCGAAGAAAUAUAACACAUUUUGGACCUACAACUCUUAGAUCAACUCUUGCCUAUGGGAUGCUCAGGCUCUGUGAUCCUCUACCUUAUGAUAUAAUAGUCGAUCCAAUGUGUGGAACUGGGGCAAUACCAAUAGAGGGGGCCACUGAAUGGUCUGACUGUUUCCAUAUUGCUGGUGAUAAUAAUCCACUGGCUGUGAAUAGAGCAGCAAAUAACAUUGCAUCUUUAUUGACCAAGAGCCAAAUUAAAGAAGGCAAACCCUCCUGGGGCUUGCCCAUAGAUGCUGUUCAGUGGGAUAUCUGCAAUCUGCCAUUGAGAACUGGCUCUGUGGAUAUUAUUGUAACAGAUUUGCCAUUUGGAAAAAGGAUGGGAUCCAAGAAGAGAAACUGGAACCUUUAUCCAGCUUGCCUACGGGAGAUGAGCCGUGUCUGCACACCUACCACAGGCCGAGCUGUACUACUUACUCAAGACACGAAAUGCUUUACCAAGGCGUUAUCUGGAAUGCGACACGUAUGGCGAAAGGUGGAUACAGUCUGGGUGAACGUUGGUGGUCUUCGUGCUGCAGUUUACGUUCUGAUACGUACACCUCAAGCUUUUGUUCAUCCUUCAGAACAAGACGGAGAAAGAGGAACUCUUUGGCAAUGCAAAGAAUGAAGAUGACUAAUAGUACCUGUACUUCCCACCACUGGAAAUGUUAGCAUAAAAGAACUUGGAGAGGAAAAAAGUAUUAACAAAACUGCAGUCUGCACUCUUUAAACCUGUUUAAGGCUCUUCAUCCUGGUUAGCAAAAGGUGUGAAUGUAAUGUGAUGGAAUUUAAAAGUUUUAUGAGACCAGGCACAGUGGCUCACGACUGUAAUUCCAGCAGUUUAGGAAGCCGAAGUGUGCAGAUCACCUCAGGUCGGGAGACCAGCCUGGCCAACAUGGUGAAACCGUCUCUACUAGAAAUACAAAAAUUACCCAGGUGUGGUGGCAGGCGCCUGUAAUCCCAACUACUCAGGAGGCUGAGGCUAGAGAAUCACUUGAACCCAGCAGGCGGAGGUUGCGGUGAGUCGAGAUCACGCCAUUGCACUCCAGCCUGUGCGACAAGAGCGAAACUCUGUCUCAAAAAGAUUUUAUAAGAAAGCAGAGCUUUUCCUUGAAGCUCUUUUGAAGUGGUAGCUUAAUUAGUAUUUUGUUGAAAAUACUUUAAAGAUGCCUAGUGAAAAGCCUACUAAAGUGCUGUGAGAUUGGGGUUUAGAACAUUUUAUUUUCAGGCUUUAUGGCCUAUUUUCCAUUGUGUCAAGUGCAAAACUACCCUGGCCCAAAGGAAGGGCAGAGAACAUAAUUACAUCUUAGGCCACAUUUCAUUGUCUUUGCAGCUUUGCUAAUCCAGUUGCUCAAGUUCUUUACCUCAACCUGAAGGAAUGAAGCAUUAUUACAUUUUGUGAAUGGUGUUCAGCCUAUAAGACGAAGUCUCACAAGACCUAUAGGAAAGUUUACCAUCUGCCUUAAAUAUUAAAAUAUCCAUCUGUUAUUCACAUUAAUACACAGAAUGAAAAUAGAGGUCUAGGAAUUAUCAAAGGUACUGCAAAAAUACUGUAUAGAACUUAUUUGUAAAUAGCACAUACAUUGAUAGAUGGGGUGUGGGACCAACAAACCAAAUUAAAAGAAAUUGUUUUUCUUUCAGUACACUAAGGUGUGUGUUUUCAAAACCAAACACAAACCUGUCAAGAGUAUUUGUUGGCUAAUUUCUUAAAAGACCAAGAGAAAAAAAAAUGAUGUAUCUUUGGAAAACUUUUAAUUUGGGAGUUAUGUGAGUUGUUAUUUUCUCCUGGAUCACGAUUCCCAUUUAAUUGCUUUUCCAGUUGCAACAAGUCCUUGAGAGUUUUGUGGAAAAUGGUGCUUCCCUGGAACAAAGAGUAGUUGAGGAUUUUUUGUGGAACUCAUCAUAGUAUUGUUUAUUUUGGAGCCUCUGGCUGCAUUCAGUAUAGAUUUUCAGUAUCCUAUUAGUAUUAUAAUAGUACUCCUCUUAAUACUUCUUGAUGUCUCCAUUGAGAAUAAAAGGACACAAUACUUUUGAAAGAAGAGUUCACAUUAGCAGCACAGCCAGCAAUCCUCAUCUGGUUUCUCUGAUCUCCUACCCCACACUUCAUAAUGAAUGGGAAAUAAGAUGUUUAUGAAGGUUUUAUAUCCUAGACUGGCCUUUUUACCACUAUCAGAAUUCACAGCUGCUUUGUUUAUGGGCCGAACACAAAACUUUUCACCUGAUGGGAGAAACCAUUUAAACCUCAAAUUAAGCAACCCACAGAACCAGGAAGUUCAAGGACCAUGUCUGUUUUCACCACGAUGUCUUUCCCCACCCCCCGACCCCCCGCUCCACCCCACUAAGGGCAGGGUAUUGUAUCUGCCAGAGUGGGUAUUUGUUGAACAAGCGAGUAUUUUUGCCUAUUAGCUUAGUUUUUAAGGAAAUCAUUUUUUACUUGAUUCAUCAUAGCUUUAAUCCUAUUAAAUACUACAAUAAAAAUUUGACAAGACUGAUACAAA